AUGCAGGAGCCUCCGGCGUCACAGGACGACACGCUGCCACGCCCACCACGGUCGAGCAUGCAGAUCGAAUUCAAUGCUGCUUUUCCCACACCAAAAGCUUUGAAUCGCAGCACGCGGUCGGUUGUGCAGUACACCGAUCUGCAGAACCAGAACACCAAACGCUGGUUGGCUUGCUGUGCUGUCACAAUCCCUGCAACGGCGUUUUAUCUUGCAGACCCUCGGUCAACCAACUGGACCUUCGGAAUGGAAUGCAUGUGA